ACAAAAUUGUUCAAAUGCUGCGGUUUUGCUGUGCGAGCGAGUCAAGUCCCGGCUGGACUUGUUUGAACUUGUCAAAAUCUGAAAACUUUGUUUGGAAACUUAUUUAGUUAGUCAAUCAAGCAAGACUAAACUUGAUUUCUUGGUGGAAAUCCUUUGAUAGACAACUGUGAUGGCCUAAAAUUUGAUGCCCUGCAGAAUACCUUUGUCACUAUUAUGAGCUUUCACCAUAUGUAUACGAGAAGGACAUCCGAUAUUCGUUACAACGACGAUGAUGACGACGUAGUGGUACUUCCCCCUGCCGUCAAACAACCUCCGCUUGUGAUUGACAUAGACUCCGACGAGGAAGACGACUACCGAAGAGUAUUUAAAUCUCAUCGUCAAUAUCGCAUGAAGACUGUACCCACUUCCGGAAGAAUUACGCAACGAAGCACUGUUACUCAUCGCCCAGUAGCACAUAGUCACACUAAACAAGAAUAUUUAUCCAGUUCCACCACCAUUGGUCCAACAAUCUGGACGGAUCGUAAGGUUCGAUUCAUCAAUACCGUGAAUGGUGGUGCAUCUAUUAUAAAACAAGACGAAUUCGCACCUAUAAGAAUUUCCACAUCGAUCUUUCAUGACGAUGAUGACGAGCCCAGUAAUGAGUCCGUUCCAGUUGAAAAUCCAAGUUCAACAUUUACAUCUCUACCGUCCUAUCCCUUUCAAAUACCUAUGACAAAUUCAUAUGAAAUUGAAGCGCACAAGACUCAACCAAUAAUACUAAUUCCUCGAUCCAUUUCGCCUUCACCAUACAGAUCUUUUACUCCAAAUGUUCCUACCCCGACACCAUCGUCAUCUCAAGGACAACUGCAGCAAUGCACUCAGAAUGAUCAUAAUAAUAAUCCAGCAGAUUGGCAACAGCAGGUUCGACGCGUCAAUUUUAACACAUUAGAGCCUGUGUCGUAUGGACUUUGCCCUCCCACGUGGAAUCCAACAAAUUCAGUCUCUCAAUCCUAUAAUAUGUACAACACCCCCAGAAGAGAUCGCCACGAAAUGCAACCUCCAUCUUUUACCGAAGAUCGUCCAAAACAGAAAAUAAUCCACAAUGACAAAUGUACCAUAAAUAUCCACUUAACUAGCCCCGAGUUGAAUGUGCUACUCCCAGAAAUGAACAAGAAGGGUGGAAUAAUAUUGGAAUUGACUGAUAGAUUUAAAGUCAACAUUUUUCUUUCAUUGACCGACAAGCUAAUUGUGAUCGAGAGAGGUGUUGAUACUGAUAGAGAACUAGUCAUGAAUCAAAUUUUGCACUGGCUCCCAUAUCAACUUUCAAGACGUGGCAGCCAUUCAACACGGUUUUCUCCGCCGGAAACUAUGCAGCAGUUCCAAAAUUGGCAAUCAACUUCAGUUCAACAAUCUACCCGUGAGUCAGAAACCGCAGAAACCAAACCCUCAGAAGAUGACCUAGGAGGACGCAAGUACACAGGAUUUAUUCCAACGCCAGUUUAUUCAGUGCCCAACAACUUGAAUACAAAGCAAUCCUGGCUUUCGAAACGUAAAGUUGACUCGAAACUCCUGCUUCCUAGUCAUACCAAUAAAAUGCAUCGACAACAUAAAAGACAUUUCAAACACAAACAUAACCACGGAAAGAAGAAAAAACAGCAACCCCGGCAUGGCAUGGGCUUUCAUCCUCCUCAAGGCGCAAGAAAUGGAGGUGGUCAUCUCAAAUUUGUUCGCUCCACUCAUCCCACAGAUCUACGGAUGGGUCGAGCAAAAAUCAAGUCUGAAAAAUGAAUGGUGCUUAAUAAGAUCUCUUUGUAAUAGUAUUGACUUUAACAGCGUUAAAAAAUCUAAUAUUAGUAUCAAUGAUACGUUCUAUAUCCAUUUUCUUGAACUGUUGUGCUACAACUGAAGUUUAUAAUAACUGAUUCAUUCUAAAAUAUAUAUUCGUUAUCAUCCACAGAAUAAAAUCAAAAUUGAAUAUAU